AUGAAAUUCGGCCAGCAGUUUGAGCAGCUCUCUGUGCCGCGAUGGAAGCUUCAUAACAUCGACUAUAACGCGCUCAAGCAGCACAUCAAAGCGCACACAACCCGCGACCCUGCCGUCGCUACGCCUGUCCCAAUCCCCGGAGGCGGCGGUCGCGAUUCAGCGCUGAUCAAGUUCGAGAAUGACCUCUAUGCUGAGCUCUGCCAGCAACAUGACCGCGUGCAUCUGUUUGUCACCAGCACCGCAGACGAGGUCGCUCGGCGGCUAGCUCAUAUCUCUUCCGUUCUCGACAGAACCCUUGCGCGGCAACCAUCCCUCAAGCGCGUGCAGCGACUCGCGCGAUGCGAACAGGAACUUUUGUCCUGCGCCAACGAUGUCGCGUCGCUGAAGCGGUUUGUUUCUGCGCAGGUCAUGGCGUUUCGCAAAAUUCUGAAAAAGUAUCGCAAGUGGACCGGGUCGACAGCACUAGGGAGCCGCUUUCGCGAUGGAGUGCUGUCCGAUCCUAAGAGCUUUACUCGUCGCGAUUUUAAUCCCUUACAAGUGCAAUGCGACGAGUUGCUCGCAGCCAUGAGAAACGCCAUGCCAGCCGACUGGCGCAAACAAAUCGCCACACAACAGCAACAGGAUCAACAAGCCCAGCAGCAAUUAUCUAGGACAUCCACCAGCGCCUCUAGGACCACGCGAGCGUCUUACUCACGCCCCGAACUAUCCCAAUCCCAAUCCCAACCCCAACCCGAACCCCAACCCCAGCCCGCGGCCUACUGGAACGAGUACGACCACGGCAGCGAGGCUGGCGACGUUGUCAACGGCGACCAGAACGAUGACUCCUACGCCAUCUACGUCAACCCCACCGACACAACCCUCUCCCUACCCAGUCUCGACUCCCUACGCACUGUCUUCGUACACCCCGUCCAGCGCGUUACCUCCUGGUUCACGCGCCGUCGCGCUGGCGGAUACGAAUACCACAGUGCCGGUGAGCGUGGUCCCCUCCUUCCAACAAGCGAUCAUCAAAACUCCCACGAACCCCAGCCCCAGGCCCAAGGGUAUGGCUCAACCCGCUCAGCGAGUAACACCCUCAUCUCGGAGCGCUCUUCCACAUCCUCCGCGUCCUCAACGACCUCCUCAGAAGACGACUUCCCGUCGCCAUUCUCACCACGACGUCAUCCCCAGCGCCAACGCCGGCGCUCUAGCUCUGUCUCGGACUCCCUCAUCUCGCCGCACGACACUUCUCAUCCUUUGCGAAGAGUAGAAGACCCCUUCCUCUGUCGCAGACGGAUCCUCCGCGCCUGGGUGAUGCUCACUUUUUCCCUAGCCGGGGUGUUGGCGCUUGCCGCGGUGGUACCGCUUCUUUUGUUAGGCCCUUAUGCAGCGUCUUCGCCUGGGGAGGAUGCUGAUGAGGGGCUUGAUGAUGCUAACGACGAUAAUGAGGAUGGGAGCGCAUCAUGGCAGAAAAGGCAGCAACUCCUCAUUGCCGUGGCCGCUGUCCUUUUAGCGGGAAGCUUAUGUGUUAACUGCGCGGGCGUGUGUCUCAUGCUGUGGAGGGAGGAGUGGGAACGAUGGGAGGAAGAGCAACAGCAGGGGUUGAUGAUGGGUCCGCAGUGGAUGGUUGUGUCGGGGAGGGGGUUGUUGGGGAGGAGGGAGAGAAGGAGGGAAGGGAGUUGGGAGAUGUGUGAGAAGGUGUUGGGGUGGACGGUUUUCGUGCUGGUCUGUGUCGUGGAUGUGGGGUUGUUGGUUUGGCUUGGGGAGUUGGUGCUUUGGGAUUAG